ACAUGACCUGAGCUAACAAGAUGGCUGAGCAAAGAGGAAUCAAGAGAGCUAGGAGAGAAAAGGACGAAGAAACCAGUCUACGCAAGUUUGAGGAUGCUUUACAUCUGUGUACAGCUAAAUUUGGAUAUAACACCCUGAGAAAUGAACAAAGAAUUGCUGUUCUGUCAUUCUUCAAAGGAAAUGAUGUGUUUGUUUGCCUUCCAACAGGCUAUGGCAAAUCAUUCUGUUAUUAUUGCCUUCCCCUGCUUUUUGAUUUUUUAAAUGACAAGUCUUCAUGGUCUGUUGUAAUAGUAGUGAGUCCUCUUGUUGCUCUGAUGACUGACCAAGUAGGAUUUCUGAAAUCUAAGGGAUUCACUGCUGUCAUUUGUAAUAGCUGUGCAGAGGCUGAGCAGUCGUCGAUAGCAAAUGGUGAUUUUCAAUUUGUUUUUACUAAUCCAGAAACGUUAUUUGAUAAAAAUUGGACGGAUGUUUUUACCAGCUCUACAUUACAAGACAGAUUAGUAGCUCUUGUCAUUGACGAAGCUCAUUGCGUGAAGAAAUGGGGCACAGAAUUUAGAAAAGAAUUUGGCAGAUUAGGUGACCUACGUGGCUUUUUUCCUCCUUCUGUCCAUUUCAUGGCUCUCACAGCAACGGCAUCUAAUUCAGUACAGAAACACAUCACUCGUUUACUGGGUAUGUCAAGACCUCAAAUGGUGAUCCGGUCACCAGAUAAGCCAAAUAUUUAUUACAGCGUUUCUGAAAAGUGUGGUACUUUAGAAGAAAUUUUUAAGCCAUUGAUUGAAGAGUUAAGAGUUUCUCGUAUAAAUACAAAGAGGACCAUUGUCUUCUGCAGAACUCUUAAAGAUUGCAGUGACUUAUACCUUUUCUUUCGAUACACAAUGGGAAAGGAAUUCAAUGAACCUAUUGGGGUAGCUGAUUUUCCAAUAUUUCGCUUAGUAGACAUGUUUUCAGCAUGCAACACACCUGGUUUGAAGCAGUCAAUUUUAUCCUCUUUCAGUAACCCUAGUGGAAUAUUGCGGAUUGUCAUUGCAACUAUCGCUUUUGGCAUGGGGAUAGAUUGUCCAAAUGUGCAGAGAGUGAUUCACUGGGGACCACCCUCCGAUUUGGAAAGUUAUAUACAGGAAACCGGCCGAGCUGGUAGGGAUGGAAGUAAGGCUUAUGCAGAGCUCCUGUUUUCCAAACGAGACACUGGUGUUAGUUUUAUGGAGCCAAGCAUGAAGUCCUACUGUCAAAAUGUGGAUGUAUGUCGGCGAGAGGUACUAUUUCGAGAUUUUGAGAUUGCUUCUCCUUCUAAGAAACCGUUAGGAUGUUUGUGUUGUGAUAUAUGUGCAAUGGUAUGUUCAUGUAGUGACUGUCAGUUUAAUGAUUGUACUGUAUAA